UCCUCAGAGAGUUCCUGCCAGGUGUUUCCAGGWGUUCAUCAGUUCUGGACAAAAUAUUCCAGCAGUCUCCGUUUCACUGUAAACAUUUUUGUUUCUGCUAAGAACCAUCCAGAAUCUGUUCCUCAGUGUUUGUCCUCCUUGUGCCCUGAACAGGACCGGCGUUAGGACCCAGCAGAGACCAGGAGCGAACAUCUGUCUCCUCUGUAAGAACCGGACUCCGGUCUGAAGACUCGCACAGGCAGCGGCAGGCUGGCACCGCGCGGAGGACCGGACCUGAGCGGAACCGGGACGAUGUGGACUCGCGAGUCCGGACCCUGACAGGAAGUGGAGGCAGAGCUACGAGCGCGCGCAGCGAACAUGAAGACACCUAUGCGCCACGGGGUGGCCGUCCUGCUCGUGCUGCUCCUGUGUGCCAGCUUGUUCCUGGUCUACAAUGGGAACUUCAGCAGUGCUUCCAGGGACGCCAACGACACGCUCGCCCAGCAGCGGCCCCCCGAMUCCCCCACCACCGUGGCCAAGCCUCACCUGCCCGUCCUCCAGGGCUACAGUGGCAUCAUCGACCACCAGCCUCUGACGAUGCACUGCCACACCUGCUCCCUGGUGACCAGCUCAGGUCACCUGAUCGGAGGCGGCCGCGGCCCCGACAUCGACCGGGCGGAGUGCGUCAUCCGCAUGAACGACGCGCCCACCGCCGGGGGCUACGCCCGCGACGUGGGCCGCCGCACCUCCCUGAGGGUCAUCGCCCACUCCAGCAUGCAGCGCGUCCUGCGCAGCCGCCACGAGCUGCUCAACRCCAGCCAGGACACGGUCUUCAUCUUCUGGGGCCCCAGCAGCUACAUGAGGCGCGAUGGGAAGGGCCUGGUCUACAACAACCUGCGGCUGAUGAACCAGGUGCUGCCCAAGCUCAAGGUCUACAUCAUCUCCUGGCAGAAGAUGCUGCAGUUUGAUGAUCUGUUCAAGAAGGAGACGGGGAAGGACCGGAAAAUCUCCAACUCCUGGCUGAGCACCGGCUGGUUCACGAUGACCAUCGCUCUGGAGCUCUGCGACCGGAUCAACGUGUUCGGCAUGGUGGCCCCGGACUUCUGCAGGGAGCCCCAGCACCAGUCCAUCCCCUACCACUACUACGAGCCGCGAGGCCCCGACGAGUGCGCCAUGUACAUCUCCCACGAGCGGGGCAAGCGCGGCAGCCACCACCGCUUCAUCACMGAGAAGCGUGUGUUCGCCAGCUGGGCUCGGACGUUUGACAUCCACUUCUACCAGCCAGACUGGAGCCCCCCGCCUCUACCAGACAACGGGACGCUGGGAGGGACCACCCCGACAGCUCCCAGGAAUACGUGACUUCACUCUGCAGAGCGAACAAAACUCUUUACAGAUUAACCUCAGGAGGACGAGCGCCGGCCCGGACGACGGGGCCCGGAGCCCGCUCCGUGUGUUUUUUGUUAACGAGGGGAGGUGGUCCGGCUCGGAGUUGUUUGAAAACCUUCCUGGGAUGAGGUUUUACACAAAAGCAGGAUCAUCAAACACUUUCUCCAAGCGUGCAUGCAGCGUUACUGUGGACCCCGCUGGUCUUUGUGCACAACUGACCAGAGGGAUCAGAGGGGAAACAAACCGCAGCAGAAAGUCUUUGUUGCAGCAAAACUCCAGACGUGAUUCACCAAUGAUGCAGAAAUAUAACAUGAAAAUACCUGAAAUCUAAAAAGAGGCGAUGCAGUCAGAAUAAUUCAUCUGAAUGUUUCAAUCAUUUCUUCAAAAGUCAGGAUUUUCUGCUGUUUUUAAAGAUUAAACAGGUCAAACCGGACGAGAUUCUAUAAAAGCUUAUCUGGUGCAACAAAAGGCACAAAGCAGUUAAAUAAACGUCUUUCAUUUAUUCUGCCUUGGAGAUGUGUUGUGUUGCUCAUCCAAGUCCAACUUUGCACUGCAGCGCCUCCAGGAUGAUUGACAGGUGUGUAACCGUCUCCGGGAUGUUUUAUCUUCUGCGUGCGCAGCUCUUUCAGUUCUGGACGUUCGUAUCAUAAGUCUUUGUUGGCUCCUGUCAGUGGGUAACAGUGCAAUUUAUUUCAGUACAAGCUAAAUUUCCAUGUAAAAGCUCAGCCAUGUCACAGAAGACAAGCUGGGGAUGAAGAUGGAGAGCAGGGUCGCCGCAGCAGCAUCCAUCCUGCUGGAUUCCUCUGCUGCKGCGCCUGUGAGCCUCCACCUCUCAGAGCAUCACACCCGUUAGAAAAAUGCAGUUUCUUUUUAKAUAUUCUUUGUUAAACUGAGUGUAAUUUGUCACUCUGGAUCUGGACUGUAUUUUAUGAGCUACAUGUGGACUCUCCUCCUUCAUGAAUAAAAACAGGUGUCAGUCAGAGAAAAAGUGAUGACACGGUUAUUUCAAUGAUA